AUGGGUGAAGGACGCUCUGCCGCCGACUGGGAGAUCGACGUGGAGAGCGUGGAGAAGGAGGCGGACGAGGCCGUCGUCGCACCGCGCAGGAGCGCUGAGGAGGAAGAGGAGGAAAGCGAGGAGGCGGCGGCGGCCCCACGGCGGGGCGAGCCAAGGAAGCUGAGCCGCACGCCGAAGUGCGCCCGGUGCCGCAACCACGGCGUGGUGUCAUGCCUGAAGGGACACAAGCGGUUCUGCCGCUGGCGCGAUUGCCAGUGUGCCAACUGCCUGCUGGUGGUGGAGCGGCAGCGCGUCAUGGCCGCCCAGGUGGCGCUCCGACGGCAGCAGGCCACCGAGGACAAGAAGGGGCUGGCGGGCAAGCAGGCGAGCCUGGAGCGCAAAGCCGUCUACCAGAGGCACAUCCGAACACCUAGCCUCCUGGCCAAGAGCAUCCUCGAAGGUUACCGUCCUAUUCCAACAGACCCUUACCUGGGAGGGAAUUCACCCUUGCCACCUCCUGUAAGUGACAGGAUGAGAAAGAGACGAGCUUUUGCUGAUAAAGAGCUGGAGAACAUUAUGCUAGAGAGAGAGUAUAAAGAGAGAGAGAUGAUGGAAGCUACACAAGCAGCUGCCUUUUUUCUCCCUAACCGCAUGAUGCAGGGAGCUGAAUACAAUUCGUAUAAAACAGCCUUCAACACUACUCAAGCUGAUGCAUCAAACAAGGAGUUUUGCAACUUUUUACCAACCUGCCUUGAUCUAGCCAUGCAAUAUUCAGGAUCCAGCAACAUGGAACUAAUUUCUUCAAAUGUCAGUGUAGCUACUACGUACAGGCAGUAUCCCCUGUCUUCUAGAUUCUUAGUGUGGCCAAAAUGUGGCCCCAUUAGUGAUGCUCUCCUCUACCAGCAAUGCCUGUUAAACACUACUACUGUCCAAGCUCUCAAACCUGGGUCAGGUUGGGAUACCAAGGUCUCACAAAGUCAGGACUGUCCAAACAGUGGGGGCAACAUCAUGUCUCCAAAACUGGAAAAUUCAUUUGUUCUGACCCCCACACAAAACAUUCAGCAGUCAUGUAAUGAGAUACCGUGCCUUCCUCAGGAAGCCCGUGAAAGGUCAGCUUUCUCUCCUCCAAAAAGAACUUUCUAUCAGAUUUCUGAUAAGGAUUCUCUGACUCCUCAGGAACAGGUAUUAAGCAAGAUCAGCAAAGAUAGUACCAAACCCCCUCCACCACUCAAAUACAGUCGAUUUCAACCACUGUUCCAGCAAACACUUCCUGACAGAUCAGGAGCAGAGUUGAGAACACCAUUUGUGAAAGAGACUUUUGAAGAUGCUCCUAAGAAAUACGGAGAGUGUUCAAUUAAAGAUAGCCAAAAAUACAAGUUAACAGUAGACAAAUGUGCAAAAGACUUAUUUGGGGCCAAAGAGGCCACAACAAAACUUCCAUCAACUGAGCCACUGUCAUUUUCAGUUGAAUCAAUUCUUAAACGACCCUCUUCUGGCAGUUGCUAA